AUGAAGCUUAUCGCAACCCUCGCGCUCGGCGCAACUGCUUCAACAGCUGUGUUGGGGGCUGUGUUACCGCAGCAAGAACCAUUAACAGACCAUAGCGUUCACCACGGGCAGGAGCGCUAUCUGAUUGAGCUCGCCCCUUAUCAGACAAGAUGGGUCACCGAGGAAGAGAAAUGGUCUCUAAAAUUGGAUGGCGUAAACUUCAUCGAUGUUACUGCUGAGCGAAACACUGGCUUCUACCCCACAUUGAAUGCCGGCAGCUACGUCCACUAUCCGGUCAAGAUGGAGCAUUCAGAGGAGGUGGCUCCGCUGCUCCGGAAUCUAUCUAAGGACAACAUGGAGAAGAAUCUUGAGAGAUUCACAUCCUUCCAUACUCGUUACUAUCGGUCGGCGACAGGCGUCGAGUCGGCGACUUGGCUAUACAACCGGGUACUUGAUGUGAUCGAGCAGACAGGCGCCUCAAAGCAUGGUGCGACCGUUGAACAAUUUGCUCACUCCUGGGGUCAGUUCAGUAUCAUCGCUCGAGUGCCAGGACAGACAAACCGGACUGUUGUACUGGGUGCUCAUCAAGACAGUAUCAACCUGUUCCUCCCGUCAAUUCUGGCGGCCCCUGGUGCUGACGAUGAUGGAAGUGGCACCGUUACUAUUCUUGAAGCUUUGCGGGGUCUGCUGCAGUCAGAGACCGUUGCUCAAGGCAAGGCCCUCAACACCGUGGAGUUUCACUGGUAUUCUGCGGAGGAAGGCGGUAUGCUUGGUUCGCAGGCAAUCUUUUCUCGAUACAAGAAAGAGAAGCGGGAUGUCAAGGCUAUGCUUCAACAAGAUAUGACCGGAUACAUCCAAGGAUCGCUUGAUGCGGGUCGCAAGGAAGCCAUUGGAAUCAUGGUGGAUUAUGUCGACCAGGGACUGACGCAGUUCCUGAAGGAUGUCACCAAAGAGUACUGCCGCAUCGGGUAUAUCGAAACUAAAUGCGGCUAUGCUUGCUCGGACCACACGUCGGCGAGCAAGUACGGAUACCCAUCUGCCAUGGCAACUGAGUCCGAGAUGGAGAACAGCAACAAGAAGAUUCACACUACUGAUGAUAGGAUCAAAUAUUUGAGCUUCGAUCAUAUGCUGGAGCACGCAAAGCUGACCAUGGAUCCCACAAUUCCCUACCCAAAAGAACUGCAAUUAGCCUGUCUGACUGUGCAAAGAGCAACACUGGCGACCAAAAAGCUGCUCGAGGCCGUCGACAAAGGAUCGUUCGACAAGAGUGAUUCUACCCCGGUCACAAUCGCCGACUUUGCUGCCCAAGCAUUAAUUAUCGCUGCUAUUCAUCAUGCCUUCCCAGAUGACGUGUUUGUUGGAGAGGAAAACGCAAGUGCUCUUCGAUCCGAUCCGGCUCUCCUCGACCGAACGUGGGAACUGGUUGCUUCUACUCGCUUGACGGACGAGGAAAGCGAUGCGCAGCUCUAUACUCCACAGACCAAGGAGGAAUUGUUGGAUAUCAUCGAUUUGGGAGCCCAGGGUACUUGCAGCUCGCAGAAUCGUGCCUGGGUGUUAGAUCCAGUGGACGGCACGGCGACCUUCAUCCAGGGUCAGCAGUACGCCGUCUGCUUGUGUCUGUUGGAGAGCGGGCGCCAGAAGGUCGGUGUCCUGGGCUGCCCGAAUAUGAACCUUGAAAAAGGAUACAUUCAUGAAGAUAUAGUAGAUCGCGAAGGCUAUGGGCAUCAGGUGUUUGCCGUUGCUGGCCACGGCGCAUAUAUGAGGAAGAUGGGCACGGGCGCUCUCCUCCCUGCCCACAAGCUCGAGCCUAAGCCUGCAAUCACAGCCCCCAAGGAUAUUAUCUUUGUCGAUUGUGCGGGUGGGUCAUCCGAUAUCAACAUGCAUGCCCGCCUUGCAUCUCAGCUAGGCGCUCCCUGGCCACACACUACAGAUCUCUGGGCUACGCAGUUGCGGUACAUCGCGAUCGCUGUUGGAGGCUGCAACGCUUCGAUGAAAAUCCCGCGCAAGGCCUCUUAUCGGUCGAAGAUUUGGGAUCAUGCGGGCGGUAUGUUGAUCGUCGAAGAGGUUGGUUGCAUUGUCAGUGAUCUCGCUGGCCGUCCAGUUGAUUGCAGCCUGGGGCGUACCUUGGCGGGAUGUCACGGAAUGAUUGUUGCCCCAUCAUCUAUUCACCAACGUUUUGUGGAUGCUGUGCAACAGAUCAUGUAA